GCCAGUCCAUUGAGGAGGUGGGCCAAAGUGGGCUGGGUCAAUCAGGCUGGGCUGGCCUGUUUUGACAGCCCUAUUCGUAACCACUUUUUCAGAAAGGUUUUUCGUUUAGGCAAGAUUUUGCAAGGACAUGUCUGCUUUGAGCAGCUCAGUCCAUUUCUGCAAAAAUUUUCCACUUCUGGGAACAGUGAAAGAUUAUCAUGGGAACGUUCCACCAAAGAUAUUCUAUUGGGAAAGCUUAAGUUUGCUUUGAGGAAUCAUCAGGUGCAUGAAGCAUGGGAGUCCUUUCAGGAUUUUAGAAGCCUUUAUGGUUACCCUGAGGUUCAUCUAUUGAACCAACUCAUUGUUCAAUUGUCCUAUUCUUCCAAUCAUGUUUGGAUGCGAAAAGCUUGUGAUUUGGUGUUGCAGAUUGUUAGAGAGAAGUCUGGUUUACUUCAUGAUGAUACCUUAACCAAACUUGCACUCUCCCUUGCUAGGUUGCAAAUGCCAUCCCCUGCCUUAGUGAUACUUUGGUUGAUGCUUGACAAAGGGUGUGUGCCCUCUAUGCAUUUAUUGUCCUUGGUUGUUUUUCAUAUUGUGAAGUCAGAAAUUGGAACACAUCUUUCAUCCAAUUAUCUGUUUCAAGUUUGUGAUCUUUACUGCUUGAAUGAUAAGAAGGUUCACCAUGCAGUCACAGUCAAGCUGGAUACCUUGGUCUUUAACCUUGUUCUUGAUGCUUGUGUGAAGUUUAAAUUGUCUUUAAAAGGCCUGAGACUGAUUGAACUAAUGUCGCUGACUGGGACCGUGGCUGACGCACACUCCAUUGUAAUAAUUUCACAGAUUCUAGAGAUGAAUGGUCUGAGAGAUGAAAUGCAGGAAUUGAAAGAUCAUAUUGACAGAGUUUCGGCUGCUUAUGUUUGUCACUAUUGUCAGUUCUAUGAUAGUUUGCUGAGCUUGCACUUCAAAUUUAAUGACAUUGCUGCUGCAGCUAAGCUUGUUCUGGAUAUGACUAGCUCGCAUAAUUGUAAUGUUAAGAAAGAAUAUGGGAAACACUUGCAGAAUCCUUGUUUUAUUUCCAUUGGAUCUCCUAACCUUAGGAGUGCAUUGAAGAUACACAUUGAACCUGAGCAAAUGUGUAAGGAUUUUGUCCUUAAAGUUGAAAGCAGACAGGUUUUAAUCUUCUAUAGGGGUGGGAAACUAGUUCUUAGUAAUAGAGCUUUGGCUAAGUUUAUCAGUGGUUACAAGAAAGAUGGGAGGAUUGGUGAACUUUCAAAACUCUUACUUACUAUUCAAGGGGAAUUAUGUUCAGUGGCAGGCUCCAGUUUGUGUUUUGAUGUAAUCAGUUCUUGUAUUCAAUUAGGAUGGCUUGAGUGUGCUCAUGACAUUUUGGAUGAUAUAGAGGUUACUGGUUCUCCAAUGGGUCAGGAUAUGUAUCUGUUAAUUGUGUCGGCAUACCAGAAGCGGGGAUUGCAAAGAGAAGCAAAGGCACUACUAAAACAAAUGAAAAAGGUUGGUUUGUUGAACAAAGGGUUAUCUGAUGAUGCUACGGGCAAACACAACCUCUGUGAAAAAACUUUAAAUUCACCUGGUAAAACAGAUUUGGCCAUUGCCUUAGCUCAAAUAUUGGAAGAUGAAGAUCAGACAAUUUUUCCUUUGGUGUAUAACUUCAAUUCUUCCAUUUUCUUUUUCUGCAAGGCCAGAAUGAUAGAGGAUGCAUUAAAGGCAUAUAGAAGAAUGCUUAGCAUGAAUGUUCAGCCCACAAGUCAAACUUUUUCUUUUUUAAUGUGUGGAUAUUCUUCUCUUGGUAUGUAUCGUGAGAUCACAAUCUUGUGGGGAGACAUUAAGAGAUUCAUGAAGAGUGACAAUUUAGUGGGAAACAGAGAUCUCUAUGAGUUACUAUUGCUAAACUUUCUUCGAGGUGGUUACUUUGAGAGAGUGAUGGAGGUCAUUAGCCAUAUGAGAGACCAUAACAUGUAUGCUGACAAGUGGAUUUACAAAAUUGAGUUCCUUAGACUUCAUAAAAAUCUUUAUAGGAGUUUAAAAGUAUCAAAUACAAGAACAGAAGCACAAAGCAAACGGCUUGAGCAUGUUCAGGAAUUUAGGAAAUGGGUCGGUAUUGAUUAAAGAAGGUCUCUGAUGAAAUUCAUGUGCCGUUGUACCUCCAUGUUUUUCAGCAAACUCCUGUUAAGAAGGCCAAAUUUCUAAAUCCAGUGCUGUGCCAAUGAAUCCUUAAAUAUGUCAGAGUUUGGCCCCAAUACUAUCGAAGCAGGAUAGGUUGUUCAUUGCCACAAAAUGUUACGUAUUGUUUUCUGAUCCAAUGCUCCUAAUGUUUUUGGACUUGGGGAGUUUCGUGCAUGAUGGUCACUAUAUGUUAUGCGGACUUCAAAGCUAUUUUCUUAUUUCCUACUGGUAGACAACUGAAUGAAGCUGAUGUAAGUGAUAAUUCCCUAAAUCCAGCCAGAGUUAGUCAGAAACCAACUUGAUGAAUCAGUUCUCACCUGCAUUAUGCAGCAGAAGUUUUCAUUUACGGGAAGAUAUGGAACGUCUUGAUUACUCUAUUUUGUUGAUGACACUGUAUACAUGACACUGUAUAUUCUUAAUAUAAAAGUUUCUUUUAUUUC